UUGAGUGGUGCGAAAAAACCUUGUACAAGUUAUGUAAGAGUUUAUGGUUUCCACUUCAAUACAUAUAAAGUUUGUUGAUUUAUUAUGCCUAAACGAAAAGGAAAAGGUAAAUCCCCAAGUGCUUCACAAAUAAAACGUCCUAAAAUCGAGCAUAAAACUGUUACAACCACAGUCUCCGAAUAUGAAAGAAAAAGGAUUGAGAACAUUCGCAAAAAUAAUGAACUUUUAGCUCAGCUCAACAUUGCACAGGCGCGAGAAGAUCUUUCUUCAUUUUCUUUAACAAGAAAACCAACUAUUAAACCAAUCAGAAUGAAGGUUGAAAAAGUCAAGGAGGAUCUACCUAGACGUCAGUCACUAAGAAUAAGAAAGAUAGAACCAGAUGGUAUAACAAAACUACCUGAUCCUGUACCAUCCAUCUCUACAGUUGUUCAACAGCCUAGACAUCGUGGGAAACUAGAAAUGAAUGCAGCAAAUGAUGUUGAGGAAGAAGAUUCAAAAGUGUUCUUAGAUGAGCUUGCAGGGUUGAUGAGUAAGGACACAAAAUCAAUUACCAAGAAAAAUAUAAUUAUCGAAAAAACCUUUGAUUCUUCAAGAUACAGUAAACUACUUGUCAAGGAAAAUCAUGUUGCUAAAGUUGUACCACAAAGGGUAUACUCAAUACAGUUCCAUAGUAUACAAUCCAAAGCAUUACUCUUUGUUGGUGAUAAAUUGGGAAGACUUGGAAUAUGGGAUAUUAAUUCCAAGAAAGAAAAUAAUAUAAUUAUUUAUGAGCCGCACACAAAACCAAUAAUAAAUAUGGCGUUUGAUCCAGAGGACCAAACUAAGCUGGUUACAGCCAGCUAUGAUGGAAUAAUAAGAUGUGCAGACUUCUCUAAGGAAGUAUUUGAUGAGGUUUUAGCUCUUGAUGAAGAUGAUUUCUACUUUACAUAUUUUGGUUUUGGUACACCCAGUUGCCAUACGGUUCUUGCAGCCAGUAGUGAUGGACAGGUUAGGAUUGUGGACUGCAGAAAGAAAGGGCACAGUUGCCCUCAUUAUCAGCUUCAUGACAAAGCAAUUAAAUGUCUGGAUGUUAAUCCUCAGAGACCAAACAUGUUUUUAACUACAACAAAUAAAGGACAAAUUGCAAUCUGGGAUAUUCGAAAUAUCAAAGGUCCAUCCUCUUAUCUGAGUAUCAUUGAGCGCAGUCGCAGUAUUUCAUCAGCAUUCUUCUCUCCCCAAACUGGUCAGCAGAUACUAGCUACAGGCUUGGACAACUUUGUCACAGUAAAUGAGGUCAGUCUAACAGGUCUUAUCUCACAUCCACCAAGUCACAUGUACAGGCAUGAUAACUUUACUGGGCGUUGGCUGGCAACAUUUCACGCCAAGUGGGACCCAAAAAAUGAGAAAUAUUUUGCCAUUGGCAGCAUGAAAUAUCCAAGACAGCUUGAUGUUUUCUCUACAGAAAGAAAAGGUGGUCCGUUGAUUGAACUAUGGCAUGAAAACUUUACCACAAUCACCUCACGAAUUGCCUUCCACCCUACACUCAAUAUCAUAGCUGGAGGGAAUUCCAGUGGAAAAGUGUUUGUUUGGAGUGAAUAAUAACCCAUUUAGAGAAAUUAAUUCUACUAUAUGUAAACUGCAAGCAUUUUCUCUGUCUCUGAUCAGUGCCAAUUCUGUUAUAAAGUUCCUGCAUGGGAAUGGGAGUGCCCUUAAAUGAUGCAAGAGAAAUAUUAGAAACCCUGUCCAUAUAAACAAGGACAAUGAUAAAGGAAAAUAGAUAAAUCGUUUGCAUUCUAAUAAUACACUGUAGAUAAAGGAUUAUGUCUUGUUUUGUUCCAAGAUACAAGGGGGCUGUAAGGGGGGAGGGAGGUAACGACAACAACAACCAGCAAGGGGCUUUAUUAUGUUGACUUUGCCAAAAGCCUUUAAGUACCCAUAGUUCCAGUUAUCGUAACAGUUUUUUUAUUAAUCUGAUAGUCGUUUUCAUUAAAAAAAAGUUUACAUUUC